UGUGCAGGUGCUUGUGUUUCUUUAAACAUGUUUUUGUAUGGUGUGCUUUUCCUUGCUGGCAUCCUAUGCUGUGGGCAUGGGUUACUUUGGGUUGCACCCUCAGACCCUCAUCCCCUUUCUGAUGAAUACAUCAAUCAUGUCAACAGCCUCAAUUCUACCUGGAAGGCAGGGAGGAACUUUGCCCCAGACUACCCAUGGAAGGAGAUCCUGAUCUUGAUGGGGGUGCGGGAAGACCUGCGCCACCAUCGUCUUCCCACAAAACUGACCAUCUCCGAUUCCGUUGUCGUUCCCAAGUCCUUUGAUUCCCGAGAAGCCUGGCCAGACUGCCCCACCAUACGUGAAAUUAGGGACCAAGGAUCUUGUGGAUCUUGCUGGGCAUUUGGAGCUGUGGAGGCAAUGAGUGAUCGUUAUUGCAUUCACUCUAAUGCAAAGAAACAUUUCCACUUCUCAGCUGAGGAUCUGCUCAGCUGCUGCCAUAUCUGUGGAUUUGGUUGCAAUGGAGGGAAUCCUGGGGCUGCCUGGUCCUAUUGGGUCAACUCUGGCAUAGUGAGCGGUGGUAACUACGACACUAACAUGGGUUGCCAGCCAUAUGAAAUCCCAGCCUGUGAGCAUCACAUUAUUGGCCCAAGACCCAACUGCACAGGGGAGGACAAGACCCCCAAGUGUGUGGAGCAAUGCGAGUCCAGCUACUCCAUCCCCUACGAAAAGGAUUUGAAGCAUGGUAUUGUUGACAACUAUUUCUGCAGUGUGGAUCCCACAGGAUACAGGCAUUUCUAUUAUGCAGGUCGGGAGGCAUAUUCAGUUGGCAAUAAUGAGAUGGAUAUUCAGAACGAGAUCAUGAAGAAUGGUCCUGUGGAGGCUGCAUUUACUGUGUAUGAGGACUUCUUAACCUACAAAUCAGGUGUCUACCAGCACGCUCAUGGGAAACCCCUUGGAGGUCAUGCUGUCCGCAUGCUGGGCUGGGGAGAAGAGGAUGGAACUCCAUAUUGGCUUAUUGCCAAUUCAUGGAACACUGACUGGGGCAAUGGUGGCUACUUCAAGAUCCUUCGUGGAAAGAACCAUCUGGGAAUUGAGAGUGAGAUCUCAGCUGGGCUUCCACGCUACAAUUGACCUCUUUCUGGCUCAAUGUGAGGCCUAUGUCACGUAGUUACCUGUCUUUUACAUUAUUUUUUCCUGCUUUUGUGCAUUGGUCAGUACAUGAUUCUUUCCUUUGUUGGUCAGUACAGUUCAGCAUUAAAGCAAUUUUUGGUAUUUCCUCAUGAAAGUCCUGUUCAUCUAUAGAUUCAUAA